AUGAACAGCAAGGACAGCGAGAAGAGAACGAGACGGCUCAGGCCCGACAUCCAAUGGAGGUUCGUCAGGCUGGGUGACGUAGUGAUCCCAGGAGCGCGGGUGAACGAGUUGCUCAACAGGCAAUUCGACACGGCGCUGGUGGCUGAGCGGAUCCGUCGAUACCUGUUCGACACAGCGCAAGAUCAAUCGGGGCUCGAGAUGGAAACGAAAACGAGGAACCACGAACGUGUGAGUUUCCAUGAACAGAGACGGCGAUUCGAGUGCUUCGCCGUCGACGAGACGGACGAAGUCCCCUUCGUGGAGGUCGAGCCGACCGAGCCGACCGAGCCGGCCGUCAGGCCCAAGGGGCUGACUCACUCGCAGGCGCCCUGCGAGAAAUGGCCCGAAGAUUCGAGAGAGAAACGGGUCCGAGCAAAGGUGGAUUUCGAGGAGGAGUACGGGUGCGAGAUCGGGCUCCGAGGUCUCGAGGCCGAGUUCGCCAACAUCCGCGUCGAUCUGCCGUUGGACCUGCGAGUCGAGAGCAAACAGAGCGAGGACCUCGAGGAGGACAAGUCGGAGGAGGCGUGUGGAGGCGUCGAGGAAACCGUGGUCAAAAAGGAGGGCGUCGAGGUUCACGAGGCGGUCUACCCGCGAGUGCAGCGGUUCCGAGACACGAGAAAACGGAUCGAGUCGCAAAGUUGCACGAGCUGCUGGUCGCCUGAUCACCGAGCCGGCGAGGUCUUCUGUCGGGCUCCGAGAGAAACCUGCUAUUAUUGUAAACAGGUCGUACACUUCUCGAGGAUGUGCGCGCAAAAAGAACGCGACGUGUGCUAUCAGUGUGACGAGUACGGCCAUCUAAGAAGAGAGUGCGACCAGUGGCACGAGCUCAUUAAACCUUUGUACGUGUACUCAUUAGGUCGAGAAAACUUAGAGGGGCGAGAUGGUUAA